GCGACCACACGUCUGCGUAGCGCCCGCGUCUCGCCCACACAUGAAAAGCCCGAUCUAAUCGUGAGUGGACCGGAUUACAUAAUUGCUUUCACUGGCAUCACACACGACUGUUCAAAUACGAAACAUGGCUACAGACACCAAUAAAUGCAUAUGGAGUAACUUGAUCGCAAUCAGACUGAUCUGCCGUAACAUAUGAAGAGGAUGGAAACCAAAUAGUAAAGUAAUAUCGCACACAGAAGUGUAAACUAGUGUAAUCAGACAUUCGUUCGGGCUCACUUCGGGAAUAUUCGGAACAGUUCGGAAGCCGCCACGAGUGGGGAGGCGCGAAGGAUCUGCGCCGGAGGAGUGGAGGUGUAAGAUGGAAGAUAAUGCUGACCAGAUUUUUACAUUCAGGACAUCUCUACCAGUGGCCCAAUUCAGUCGCGGCGACUUCUCCCUCUGGUCGGUGCUGAAGAACUGCGUCGGGAAGGAGCUGUCCAAGAUCACCAUGCCGGUGGUGUUCAACGAGCCGCUGUCCUUCCUCCAGAGGAUGCUGGAGUAUCUGGAAUACGCGCAUCUGCUGAGGAUGGCGUCGGAACAGACGGACCCUGUGGCCAGGAUGGAGUAUAUUGCUGCGUUUGCCGUGAGUGCGUUAGCUUCGAACUGGGAGCGGCUGGGCAAGCCCUUCAACCCACUGCUGGGAGAGACCUACGAGCUGGAGCGUCAGGAGUUUAGAGCAGUUUGCGAGCAGGUGUCUCAUCACCCGCCGGUGUCUGCAUUCCACGCGGACAGCCCGCACUUCGUGUUCCACGGCUCGGUGCAUCCAAAGCUCAAGUUCUGCGGCAAGAGCGUCGAGAUACAGCCUAAAGGGCAUGUCACCGUUGAGCUGCCGAGGUGGGGAGAAGCCUACACCUGGACGAACGUCAACUGCUGCGUGCACAAUGUGAUCGUGGGCAAACUGUGGAUCGAACAGUACGGGCCCAUGGAGGUGGUGUGCCACGGCGGUGCGGGACUGAAGGCCAGCCUCAACUUCAAGCCGGCUGGCUUCAACAACCGGGACCUGCACCGCGUCGAUGGCUUUAUUUCCGACUCUAACAAAAAGCGGCUGCGCUUCCUAUACGGCAAGUGGACGGAGUACAUCAAGUGCUGCAGCGCGGCGGCUCACGAGCAGUGGGCCAAGGAGCGCGGCGAUGAAGCCACGGGGCAGACACCUUCUCACACGCCCAAGAAGGUGCUGGCCAAGCUUAACAGCUUCAAGGUGGGAGCCCUGCGCUCCAUGUCCAUCCAAGACAAUGACGAACCAGAAAACACGGACGAGGUGCCCAAACCUGACGACUCGUUCAAUAUCGACAUUCCAGGGUCGGUCACGCUUUGGGAGGCGCGGCCCAGGCCUACGAAUAGCGCACAAUACUACCAAUUCACGGAGUUCGCCAUGUCCCUCAACGAACUAGAACGGGAUAUGAAAGGCCAGCUCUGCCCGACGGACAGCCGGCUGCGGCCCGACGUCAGGCUGUUGGAACAGGGCGAGAUCGACGCAGCUGCUGCUGAGAAGACCCGGCUGGAGGAGAAGCAGCGGACCGCUAGGAAGGCUCUGAAGAAGAGCCCGGAUGGGUGGCAGCCAAGGUGGUUCAGCCAAGGCACAAAUCCCUACACGAAGCAGGAGGACUGGCUGUACAACGGCGGGUACUGGGAUCGCAACUACCAACAUCUUAAAGACGUUGAUAUAUUUUAAGGUAAUUUCAUAAAAUGUACUCUUCUAAAUGUUAGUAAUAAGUAAGUGUGAGGCAGCGACAUAGAGCAUUAAAAGACAUAUUAUAUUAGUUACUUAAAUAUUUAUAUAUGUUAUAUGUAUAUGUAUGUAUUAAUAUAGCAUUGGAAAUUCCAUAGAAAAUAAGUGAAUGUUAGUUGUCAGCUAUAGUAAAAUAAUCAUGACAUGAUUUGUACGUAUCAGAGUGAUAUUAAGAUUGCAUUUAAUAAUUUAAGAGAGUAGUUAUUAUUGUAUUUAAUAAGAAGCGCUCUAUUUGUACAUAAACCGUCAUCAGCUUUUAGAAGGAAGAGUUUGCUUCGUCAAGUUUUGAAUAGUAGCAGGCCUGUUCAUCUCCGCGAGUUUACAUCGAAAACAAAACAAGCACGAUGGCACCCUACAGGAUUACUAUUCGACAAGGCCUCACAU